UAGUCUCCCGAGAGCAUUCCAAAGAUGGCCGACAGUGGACUGACUUGCUAGAAAGACUUUGGGCAUUUUCUAAAAUGCAUUUUUGCACCCUUGAAGAAAAUUUUGCGAAGGGGACGCCACUCGAAAGGUCGUUCCAAACAAAACAAAACUUCACACAGGGAGGGAAGGAGGACAUAGGGAACCGGGUUUCUUCAAUCUCAGGUUUUGACUAUAAGACGUGUUAUGUGCUGGUGUCUCUGCAGCCUCAGUGUGCUGAGAUCAGUGACUGUGUGUUUGAAGGCAGAGAUAUGGAGGAUAUCGGUGCAGGGGAUCAGGUUUUAAUGUUUGGUUACGCCACUGAUGAAACGGAAGAGUGCAUGUCUCUCACCCUCCUACUAGCUCACAAACUUAACGCCAAGAUGAAGGAACUUUCAAAGACUGGAGUUUGUCCUUGGAUUCUCCCAGAUUCAAAAACACAGCUUGGAGGUGCGCUGACUGCACCCUGCUGGCUUUAACAUGCAAAAACAUGAAAUUUCUCCAGCGGGAUGACAAUUCCUUAUUACAGAAUGUAUGUAUGGUCAGAGGGCAUGAUUAAUCACAUUAUUUUUUUAUAGAAGUGGUCACACUAAAUUAAAGCAUUAAAUCGACAGCCUUAGAAAUAAUCUAGGAUCAUACGUACAAGUAAUUAUUAGUGUGUUUAUGAGCUUUUCAUGAUCACAUUUGUGCGUGACUGCAUUAUCUGUGGUUUUAUAGAGUGAAUGCUGCUGUCUUCUUCAGGGAGAUGCUGGUUUAACUGGCAGGAAGAUCAUUGUGGACACAUGGUGGUUGGGGUGGUCAUGGUGGAGGAGUGUUCUCUGGUAAAGAUUACUCUAAAGUGGAUCGCUCUGGAGCUUACGCUGCCCGCUUGGUUGCCAAAUCACUCAUCAAAGCCAAACGGUGUUCGUAAGGCCAGUGGUUUCGUAUGCUAUUGGUAUUAGUCACCCUUUGUCUGUGUCCAUAUUUCAUUACGGAACAUCAACAAGAGAUGAAGAUGAGCUUUUAGAGAUUGUAAAGAACAAUUCUGACCUGACGU